UACAUCAUGAUGAAUUUCAACGCGUUGCUUUCCACCGCUGUCGACUGGUACAACAACUUGUCCAACAAGUCCGCUCAAAAGACAAGUGCUUCUUUUACUACUGAGGAUCCUGCUGGCCAGGAGAAUCAGCAUUUGUAUGAGCAGGUGAUCUCCGACUUUACGGAGACUCUGUUUGAUUUCGAGGGAGCGUCGUCGUUCACCCCCAGCACGUUUUCUAAUAUCGAUGACAUUCUUGAAGCUUACCGUCCCGGUGCCUCCGCCGCCAACUCUCUCGACUAUGGAAGUGUUACCGUUAAUAGCUCGGUUCUGUCGACCAUGCCGGUUGUUGCCCCCAUCGUCCCUUCGCACGCAUCUGGUCUCCCGACUCCUGCUAGCAACACCGCUGCUGAGGCUCACGUCCGUCGUGAGUCGACGUCCUCUUUGACCUCUACAACCACCCAGUCCCAGACGUCGAUUGGAUCGACGCUUCCGUCUUCGUCCCGGGCUCCUGAGGCGGUCACUCCCGUUUUUCCCUCCGGUAAGCCUGUGGCCGCGAGGUCUCCCUCUGUCAAGUACUGCCCCGCCCCCAACCUGAGGGAGAAUCUGCGCAAGGCCAUGGCUGUUGGUAAAGAAGAUCAAGCCGCGCCCGCUCCGGUUCAAGAGUCUGUCCGGCCUGCCGUUACACCUGCGGAGGUACGCCCGACCCCAACUCCGCAGGUUUCUUCGCCUGUUGUCCCGCAACAUCUGGUCAACAAACACCUCGCUGUUGGAAGCGAGGUCAACACCUUGACGCCGCCUGCGUCCAAGUCUGAGGCGAGGAACGUCUUCGACCAUGCUGCCCGCUACGAGAGCCGUUCCUUCGGUGCGGGUGUUCCUCAGGGACAACGCCCUCGCAACAAUUGGACUCCUGCACUGAAGGCUCCUGCAGAGGGCCUUAAAAGCACGCAUCAGCCCGUCACUCUCCUCUCUGCGGGCAUCCAGGAGAUCCUUAAAAAAGAAACGGACAAGGAAAUCACAAUGAUCCCUCCCAAUGCAAAGGCGCGCCUUGUCAGGAAGCCGAUAACGGAGCUGACCACCAACGACAUGAGAAGCGGAAGCUUUUGUGUCCCGAUGCUUCGCCUAUUCGUGAGGCUACUCACAGGGCAGGAACUUUUCGACGUCAGCGAGAGGAAGAGGGAUCGGGCGAAGCUCUUGCCACUGGCAUGUCAAAUGUACUGCGACCACUAUCGCCAUGAUCCUGGUCGUGCCGAUGAGAUCGAAAAAUGUCGGCAUCGCGAUUAUCAAGUCGCCCCUCAGAAGAAGAAGAAGGCUGAGGAGCCAACACCUGCUCCCUGCCCUCCUCGUCCUCCCUCUGCCAGUCCCGUUCAUCGAGUGAUGGUCGGCACAGGUGCAAAUGCCGUCAGUGCGUCUGUGCCGGUCGCCUUGAAGCGCAAGGCGGAGCAAAUGGAACCACUUGGUUCCCCUCACCCUUCCAAGCGCCCUAUGAGCGAGGCGGUUGUCGUGGACAUGGAGGUGGGGAUGUCUGAUGCCCCGGAGCACCUUCCCGCCGCCCCGAACUCCCCGUUCCUCAAACCGCAUGACGGCUACCCUCUUCCCUCCGCUCCGCACCGGUCUCAAACUCACGAGGCGGGUCGUGUUAAUCAAACCCUACAGAAACGGCCUUUCGAUAAGGUUGGCGAAGCGUUUGCGUCCUACUUGCCCUCCAAGCGACAGAGGCUUGAGGAAACCGGAAGGUUGCCUCCCGCUCCGGAGCCCCAGCACCAACUCCUUUCCCAGACGAUGGCUCGCUCGUACCCUACAGGGCAGUCAUAUUACGAGCAGCAAUCAAUUAAUUGUAAUCAAUUCGCCGGAGGGCAUCUUGUCAGUGGUCAGUCGAUGGGUGGGAAUCACUAUCUUGGUUAUCCCUAUCGCGCGCUGGGAAACGUAUCCUCUGCGGGUCACUUUUGGAGAGAGCUACAACAAGCCUCCCCUUCUCCUCCACACCCCCACGGUGCUGGCCCACGUGUAAUUUGGCAGGGGUCGGAGGAGAACAUGAGACAAGAUGUACGAAAUGCUUGGUCUCGGGAGCAAGGAGGUUAACACUUCAAGAGGGCAACAAUGAGGUGGAGGAUCAGUUUUAGGCGAGGUUGUCGGAGUUUGGGGUUAUCUGAGGAGGUUGAGGGAGGAGGUUGAGGAGGUUGUUGGGUUGAAGUUCCCUUGCAUGGAACCAGUUUCCAAAUAUUCCGAAAAAUACGUUCUCGGGGGCGAAGGGCACCUACGCAAGUCGGAAUGGCCCUUGUCUAGCAAGCCUUUGCAAGGACUCGAGUUUUACUGGUACAGUCAAACACCUCCUGCCGGACGGCGGCAGUGGUCGUGACUUCCAAGGGGGAAGCGAAGAAGAAAAGAAUUCGAGGUCGUGGUUAAGAAGUUGUGGGGGUUGUCGUUGUCAAGGAUGAGACACCCACCACUCAGCUCCUCCGAUAUCUCUAUUCACGGGAUCGCGCACAAGGAAGCUCCUUGGAGUUCGUCAGCGAAAGCGUCUGCCUGGUGGCCACCCAGACGUGUGUAG